UUGGCUGGCUUGCACACUGGCUGUCUUAGGAAGAAGAAGACAGCCAUUUUCGUGAGGUCGAAAGAUGCCCAGACACUGCUCUGCCACUGGCUGCAAGUCACGUGACAACAAAGAGGCUCGAUUAGCUGGAGUCACCUUUCACAGUUGUUUCUUGAUAACGUUUAGGUUGCCGAAGAAGGGAAACCCUCGCCGCACCACCUGGAUUGUCAAUGCUCGACGUAAAGGUCCCGGAGGAAAAGGGUUAUGGGAGCCUCAGAGUGACUACAUCUAUUUCUGCUCCAAACAUUUCACCCCUGACAGCUUCGAGCUCUCUGGAGUCAGUGGAUACCGCAGGCUGAAAGAUGAUGCGGUGCCCAUGCUGGUUGAAAUCAUUCCUGGGCAAAAAGGCAAGUCCUCAAGAGGAAGAGGCAAAACACGGAAUGAGGACAGACAGCUGAGCAGCACGAGCAGAUCUGAUAAAGAGAGCUCAGACGGUAAGGAGACCCAGAUUAAAGUGGCUCUGGUGCACAUUGUGCAAAAUGCAGGAGCUGAGAGCAUCAAGAUCACCAAAGAAGAACAUCAGAAUGAAACAUCUCCUCUGUUAUCGUUACCUUUACAAGAACCUGCACCUGAUCAAUCCACUCCACCUUCUCCGUCCCGCUAUAUGAGGCGCCUGCCUCCACCUCCCGGCUUUUACCUUGCCAAAGAACACAGCUACGCUCAGCUCUGCCCGCUGGAGUGGCGCAAACGCUACGAGAAAGCCACGGACAAUUUGGAAAAGGCGCUGCGUUUGCUCAGAGCUGCCCGUCGCCGGGAAAACCGUCUCCGCCUCACGCUGCUGCGCCUCCAGGAGAACAGACUCAAACAGACGUUAUCUCAAAUGCAAGAUCGACGGAAGGAGAGUCACGAAAGCCAAGGCAGGUCGAGUCGUCAGAGUGGGAAGCGGGACAGAUCUGGAGAAGACAGGAGUCUGGAAGUGAUGGAAGAGAAUGAGAUGGAAGGCACGGGUGAAGAAAUGGAGCUUCUUACAGACGGAGCUGCUAAGCUGAGGGACGGCGUGGAAGACGAGGAAGGCUGCUGUUUUUACUGCGGACGAGGAAGAGAGGACGAGGAAACCAAAGAAACCAGAGAUCAAGUGGGAUCUCAAAGAAGUGCAGCGUUCCGAGGCAGAAGAGGAAAAGGCACAAGAGAGACGGCACAGAGCUCGGCUGAAUCGAAGGUCCGGUCGAAACCUCCCAGCAAUCCUGAGCAACUUACCCUUCUUCACUCUCAGCCUGAAAUGCUCCUGCAGAUGCACACGCUUCCUGGACCUACACAAUCCACAGCAACGUUCCAGGAAGUGACUUCUUCACCACAGCUCCAGCAUCUCCACCUCCUGCAACCUGACCUGGGCCUUCUCCAUCCAGACACGCAAACCACGGACAUGAGCAUCACCCAGAGCGAGGACGGAGGAGGUGGGAUGUGUCACGUGUUUUUGGUUCCCGUGUCUUCUGAAACCACAGACAAGAACGGGAUCGGCGUCGGUGUUGAAGGCUUGAUUCCGAAAACCCAGACGAUUGUGAUGACGGAAGAAACCUUCCAGCACGACGUUAGCGAACAAGGAGGCGACGACAUGGCGCUGAGUCCGAGUGGACUGAGGGGUAAUCAGAAUGACCAGCAGACAAACAUCAGAGCCGCGCUGCUGGGUGGAGACGUCACACAGAGACUGAAAGAACAUCUGGAAGGGUUUCAGCUGCAGCUUAGCAGUGAAUUUAUUGAUUAGUUAUGCUAAUUGAUUUUUGUUUUUUGUUUGCAAUAUUUCCUGUCUGGAGAUACUUCAUUAGGGAAGCCUGUAUAUCUGCUCACUGCAGCUAUCCAAUCAGCAAAGCAUUAAAUAAUGCAGAUUCACGACUUAGCGUUUACAUCCAAUGAGUUUCUCCUCUGAGUGCGGAACCGGGAAACAGAUGAUGACAGAAGAUCGGAGGAGACUCGCAGAAAAGCAUCACAAACACAUUGAACCUUGAGGAAUUCCAGUCUACAGCAGGCACCAGAUCAGAAACCAGACAGUUUAAGAUUCUUUUUUUUUUUUAUCUUUCUUUAACGUCCAAGUCUAAGAAUUUGCAUGAGGAGCAGGUUUCUAGCUGUUCCUAAUAAAGUGGACGGUGAGAGUACAGCCCUUUAUUGUGUUGAUGCGGUGCUUUUACAGAAUUUUAAGGGAUGUAAAUUUAAUAUUGCAUUUCAAAGGUGUUGAGAAAGCAGUCGUGAGCUAGCUGCUGAUGCUUAUCAACUGCAAUAAUUAAUAAUAAUAAUAAUAAUAUCAUCAACCUCUCAGUCUGAUUCAUGUCAGCAUAUUUGCCUAUAUUUGCAUAUUCACGUAAUAUUUCAUAGUGUGGUGAAACAGCUAGCUCAUAGAUACUCGAUUUAGAUGUUUAUCGUUUAUUAAACAUAAACUCUAGCAUGGGUGUGGCUUCAGCAGGCAGAGAAGAUGUAGCGUAACUGGUGCAAUCAGAGCAAAGUGUUAUUAUUAUUCAGCAAUAUUAUAACAGAAGAAUAUUCAGUAAGAGGUAUUUUAAAAAGUGUGUCAAAGCCCAGGAUUGUUGUGAUAUAAAGAUAUUAAUAGCUCAUGAGUGUGUUUGUUUGUUUGUUUGUUUGUUUGUUUUAUUUUCAUAAUUUGAUCUAAACUCUAGUUUUAUUUAUAGCUGGUAGAAUGUUUUGUUGUUGUGGCUGAUUUUGGAAGAAAAAAAAAGUUGACUUUAUAGGAUGUACUAUAGAGGAACAAAUUAUUUAAUUUCUUCAAGCACUUGGU